AUGGAUGCAGAGAUUACGGAAAAAUCGGAAUUUGACGUAGCAGUUAAACGAAAGCCGACAAAUGUAUGUUUACAAUCAAUUAAGGCAAAGUUGAGCAGUCGAAAAAUGAUUGCGGUUAUUGUCUUUAUUGCAAUUCUUCUUGACAAUAUGCUAUUAACAGCUAUCGUCCCAAUUGCUCCAAAAAUACUGGCUCUGGGUCAUAAAGAUGAAGGUAUUCCAGAAAAAGGUAUGCAUGAUUGUAAACUAGACAAUUCAACUUCAAAAGUUUUUGCUUUCAGUGAACAUUAUUACUUAUUGUUGGUUGCUAGAGCUAUUCAAGGAAUUGGUUCAGCUUGUUCCAGUGUAGCAGGCAUGGGAAUGUUGGCAACUGCUUUCACUGAUGACAAAGAAAGGGGUCGUGCCUUCGCUUUCGCUUUAAGCGGUUUGGCUUUAGGCGUAAUGAUUGGACCACCGUUUGGAGGUGUAACAUUCCAGUUUAUCAGUAAAGAAGCUCCAUUUCUCAUACUAGCUGCUUUGAUAAUGUUUGAUGGACUUCUUCAACUAAUAACGCUGAAACCAACUAUUAAACGAGAAGUUCGAGAAGGUUCAUCACUGAUAAACCUAUUAAUAGAUCCUUAUAUUCUUAUUGCAGCCGGUACCAUUACAUUCGGAAACUUGGGUAUGGCUAUUCUUGAACCAACUCUACCACUAUGGAUGAAAAUACAAAUGAAUUCUGAAGAAUGGGAACAAGGUGUUUUAUUUCUCGCCGCUAGUGUAUCUUACUUAAUCGGUGCAAAUAUAUUUGGACCGAUAUCGCAUAGAAUUGGUCGAGGAAACAGUGCUGGUCUAGGUUUACUAAUUUGUGGUGCCAGUUUAAUCGGCCUGCCAUUUUCAACAAGAAUUGAACACUUGAUCGCUCCAAUGUUCUGCCUUGGAUUUGCUAUUGGUAUGAUUGACUCAUCCAUGAUGCCAAUUAUGGGUUAUUUAGUCGAUUUAAGACAUGUCGGUGUAUACGGAAGUGUUUAUGCUAUCGCUGAUAUCGCCUUCUGUUGUGGAUUUGUAGCCGGACCUUUACUCAGUACUGUAUUGAUUAGAGCAUUGGGUUUUAAAUGGUGA